AUGGGUAUCUGCCCUGACGCUUUUGAUGGAGAUGAACUGCUGAGUUGCAGCUUGGAACAGUUGAAGGACGCGGCGAAUGAGUUUGUAGAGAUCAUGAUAAUGCUGGUGGGCAAAGCGAAUACUCCUGAAGACAAGAUCGGGACGCCCUCGGGCUCGCUCCGUAAACACCCCGCGGGAUCGCCCCGCUACGCCUCGGAUGACUCCGAGAGCGAGUCAGAUGGAUCCAUCAGCAUUCGUCAGAUGUCUCUAGGACCAUCGGGUGGAAGGUUCUUAAAGGACAAGAUCGGACAAGCCAAGAUCGACGCCUAUAAGGGACAAGCCAAGAGCAACAUGCCGCAGAGAUCGGCCAGUACCCGCACUGGGCUGGAGGAUCAAGAAGAGGGCGAUCUAAGUCGGUACUUCAAUUCAGCCAUGAAGAAGUACGAGGCGGAUCAACGUACAGCUCAGCGAAUGAAUCGACAGCCAAACCGCUACCCAGAUCGACGUACUUUGCUCAAACCUUCACACGAAAGCCUUGACAUGCCGGAUGUGGAGAUGGAGUCGGUGGGGUCGGACAUUUACCAACAUAUCCAUGAGGCGGCGGAAUACGACCCGGAUGAUCUAUGGAUGCCCGAACCACGGCGCCCUCAUGUAACCGCGACCGGUGCGACUACCGGAGGGGGAAGCAUCACGCAGAGGAUCAGAAUCUCAGCGAUUUCUGAGCUGAAAGAAUUCUCAGGGAAGGAUCGGGAAGAAGACAAAGCACGGACCUGGAUCGGCAAAGUGAAAUCAGCGUUUAUCCGGGACCAAGCACCGGACGAGGAGAGAUGUCUGGUCUUCGGUGAUCUCAUGGUGGGCCCAGCCCGCUACUGGUACCGACAGCUGAGUAGAUCGACGAGAUUCAAUUGGAAAGAAUUGAUGAACAGUUUUCUUGUGGAGUAUGCAGGACACGGGAUGUCCGCGAGCAGGCAGUACUACCACGCAAAGAAACGAUCGGAGGAAGAUCCUUUACAGUACCUGUAUCGGCUUAAUGUGAUGGGAAUGCGGGCGAAGAUACCGGUGAUGACUGGAUUGCCAGCUGCGCGCAAGGAACAUGUCAACCAUUUCAUUGACACCUUUGACGACCCCGAUCUGUCCAUUGCUACUGCUGAAUGUAGAAGACGCGGGAGCCAUGCAAAAGACACUGCACGGAUAUCAACAAGGGAGAUCGCGUCAAGGGAAAGUGAUGAUGGGAUCGUCCAAGUUCAGGCAGAAGGGAACUCAGGGUCCAGCGCUGUCUAA